ACUAUAUGUAAACUUAAUACUUACUACCCACCGUGUUUGUCGUGUGUUAUAGCUCGAUGUAAUAUCAUAGAAUUUAUUGUAUUGUAUUGAGUGCUUAACAAUUGUGAAGAGGCGUAUAACCUAAAACAUGUGAAACUGUCACUGAUAUUUAUAAAUUUGUUUAUGCUGAUAUAAUAAUAAAGCAGUGAUAUUGAAAGUUUAAAGUGAAUGAAUAAAAUUAGCUCUGUACCGGUUUGGGAUAUGAGAUCCAUAUGAAAAGAAUGAUAUUCAACCCAGUGUUGUUAAAUUUCAAAAAUAUGUUGAAGAGGGCCUUUUCAGUUAAUAGUUCUAACUACGUUAAACAUAGCUUAAAUAACAAAUUGAAAGUAAGAGCGUGGCAAACUCAUGAAUACGGAGACUUAAAAAAUGUUCAGCUGGAUGAAGUUCGAAUACCAGUAAUUAGAAAACCUACAGAUGUUUUGGUACAGGUUAAUAGUGCUUCAGUCAAUCCAAUUGAUAUACUGAUGUUAGGAGGAUAUGGUAAAACUCUAAUGCAGGUUCCCAGGAACUGGGAAUUAGAAUUGCCUUUGAUUGUUGGAAGAGAUUUUUGUGGUACAAUUAUUGGAAAAGGACAAAGUGUAUGCAAUGAUUACAAGGUUGGUGAUGAAGUUUAUGGCUUUGUCCCGUUAUAUAAUUCAGGAACUUUUUCAGAAGCUAUUAUUACUGAUGUAUCAUAUUUAUUACCCAAACCAAAACAUUUGACUCACUUUGAAAGUGCUUCUAUGGUUUACGCAACUAUGACUGCAUGGAGCGCUCUUUAUGUUUUUGGAAAUAUGUUGUCAAAACAAAAAAAAGGGUUGCGGGUUUUAAUAUUAGGAGCCUCAGGCGGUGUGGGAACAGCUGCUAUACAAAUUUUAAAGUCACAACAAUGUCAUGUAUUUGCUACUUGUUCAGAAGAUGCAAUACCUUUGGUUACCGAAUUAGGAGCAGAUAAUGUUUUCAAUUAUAAAGAUCAAGAUUUUGAACAAAAAAUUGAACAAGAGGGCAGAUAUCAUAUAAUAUUGGACGGUGCAAGAAUGGGUCAUCAAAAUAUACCAAAAGGCUGGAAAUUCGAUACUUAUAUUUCACUUAAUUCGCCAUUACUUAAAAAUACCGAUCAAUAUGGUUUAUUGCCAGGUUUAGCAUACAGUUUGAGUGAUGUAUUGGAGUCGAAUUUGAAACGAUUUAAAGAUGGAAGCAGUAUAGUAUGGGGAUUUUUCGUACCAUCUCGGAACGGCUUCGAGUUCAUAAAUGAGUUGAUAACGGACAAGAAGAUAAAACCGAUUAUCCAUAAAAAGUUCAGUUUUGAUCAAUUACCGGAGGCGCUCCAAACUGUUGCCGAUGGGCAUUUGAGAGGAAAAGUUGUGAUCGAUUAUCAGUGAUAUUAGAUUUUAUUUAUAGACAAAUUUAAAGAUUAAUUGUUGAUAAUAUUAUUUUUGCAAGUAAUAAAUGAUUAAAUAAUUACUGCAGGUCUCUCCAUUAUUAUACUUAUUUAUACUGCAAGGCAAUCCAGAUUAGACCAUCGUUUUCUAUGUAUUUUAAAUUGAAUUGUAUCUUACUGUAAUCAAAAUUUCUUUUCUAUCAAAAUAAUAUUGCUGUUACUUUUUUUUCCUAUAUUGAACAGCCAUGAAAGCGUCUAGUAUGUUAGGGCCCUGUUGGACUGAAUAUGUUGUUUGGAAAAAUCUUUGUUAAGCCAUAUAAAGUAAUUUUGAUUUCCAUUUAUUUUUAAAUUAAUAAAAUGUCAAAAAAAAAAUAUAUGAAUUAAUACUAUAUGUUAUUACCUAAUUUCCUAUUUGAAAGUAGGCAACAUUGCACGAAUGUAACUUAGACAGGGAUGCAACCUAUUAUAUGAAUUAACUCACCACUCCUGAUGGGAACAAUUAGGAUCUGUUAAUCAUAUAGUUAAGUGAUACAAAGAGUCCCUUAUUUCACCCUCCAUUAACGUAGCGUCUAGGAUUACUUAAUUUUUGUCUUAUAUCAAUGUGACUGUGAAGGACCAUAAAUUUAUCUACCGAAUUUCUAGUUAUUAUUGUAUUUGUUAAGAUUUAUUGCUUAAGGGACUAGUUCUGGUUAUAAAAAAUGACGCAUAAUUAAAAAUUUUUUUUCUGGUCUUUAUUAUAAUUUAUUAUUGUUUAUUAUUUUUUGAUAAUAAAGUGUUACACAAUUUCUAAAAAA